AUGGGGACAAAACAGGAGAUGAAAUUUAGUGUUGGUAAAGGCAGGGUUUAUAUGUGGGGAAGAGCUGGUCGUAACUAUGCAUCCACACACCUGGGCUCUAAAUUGGCCACUGCUACCCAAGAAUUUCCUGUUUCUGUAGGAAACAUUUGUCGUUCUCCAAUAGCUGAAGCAGUUUUUAGAAAACUUGUAACUGAUGAAAAAGUUGAAAAUAAGUGGAGGAUAGACAGUGCAGCAACAUCUACCUAUGAAAUAGGAAACCCUCCUGACUAUCGAGGACAGACUUGCAUGAAGAAGCAUGGCAUUACCAUGAGUCAUAUUGCCAGGCAGAUUACUAAAGAAGACUUCCAGACCUUUGACUAUAUACUUUGUAUGGAUGAAAGCAAUCUAAGAGAUCUGAAAAGGAAAAGCAACCAAGUUAAAGACUGCAAGGCUACAAUUGAACUACUUGGGACUUAUGAUCCACAGAAACAACUUAUUAUUGAAGAUCCUUAUUAUGGGAACGAAAAGGACUUUGAAACUGUUUACGAGCAGUGUGUUAGAUGCUGUAAAGCAUUUUUGGAGAAGCCCCAUUAAUGCUGCAUCAUUUUAUUUCUAAAAGAAAAUAAUAAGCUCCUCCUGAAAUAUGUAAGCUUUACUUGAUUGAUGUAUUUGAAAUGUAAUAUUAUGCCUUCUCAGUAGGGCCAAACUGGCACUUUUUCAGUUUAAUUUUGUAUUGUAGCUGUUCUGUCAUGUAAUUAGAAAAAAAUAGAAAAGUUUUAAACUUGAAUUAGAUGAUCAGUCAUAUUCUCAUGCAUCUAUGUAACAAUAAAGUAUUUCAUUCAGAAUAAAUUUAUUUGUGAACUCUUCCAGUGCUUUCUCACAAGCACUA